AUGGAUCACCUCAUGCCUCCCAACAAUGUGACUGAAUUCAUUCUCUUGGGGCUCACACAGAAUCCACACUUGCAGAAAAUACUCUUUAUUGUAUUUUUAUUUAUUUUUCUAUUUACCGUGCUGUCCAAUCUGUUCAUUGUCAUCACCAUCUCCUCUAGCCCCACACUUUCAUCACCCAUGUACUUCUUUCUCACUUACUUUUCCUUUAUAGAUGCCUCCUACACCUCUGUCACAACACCCAAAAUGAUCACCGACCUGCUCUGCCAGAGGAGAACUAUUUCUUUGGCUGGCUGCCUGACUCAGCUCUUUGUGGAGCACUUGCUGGGAGGCUCAGAGAUCAUCCUCCUUAUUGUCAUGGCCUAUGACCGCUACGUGGCCAUCUGCAAGCCCCUGCACUACACAACCAUUAUGCGACAAGGGAUCUGCCACCUUCUGGUGGUGAUAGCCUGGAUUGGAGGCAUCCUGCAUGCCACUGUGCAGAUUCUUUUCAUGACCGACUUGCCCUUCUGUGGUCCCAAUGUCAUUGACCACUUUAUGUGUGAUCUCUUCCCAUUGUUGAAACUUGCCUGCAGAGACACCUACAGACUUGGGUUGGUGGUGGCAGCCAACAGUGGAGCCAUGUGCUUGCUCAUCUUUUCCCUGCUCCUCAUCUCCUACAUAGUCAUCCUGAGCUCCCUGAAAUCCCAAAGCUCUGAAGGACAGCGCAAAGCCCUCUCCACCUGUGGCUCCCACUUUACUGUUGUUGUAUUCUUUUUUGUGCCUUGCAUAUUCACCUACAUGCGUCCUGUGGUCAUCUACUCUGUGGACAAGUUGGUGACUGUGUUCUUUGCAGUCCUCACUCCCAUGUUAAAUCCUAUAAUUUACACUGUGAGAAACACAGAGGUAAAAAAUGCCAUGAGGAGUUUGUUGAGGAAAAGAGUAACAGUUUGUGCAUAA